GCGACUUCCACUGUUUGGUUGCCAUGACAACGCGUUUUUCACUAAGUUAAAUGGCCACCAAGAAGCUCUCUUUCUCUCAACUCCACCGAAAUUCUUGGAAAUGUACGGUGUUGUUGGACAUUCACACAGUCACAUGUCGUGGCGUGCGCCUUCCCAAGUCAGGAGAUAUCUACUUAAGUGUUUGCAUCAUGGGCCAGUGCAUGAAGACUUCCUGCUUGCCGCCUCGCUUUCCAUUACACUUUAACCAGCGGCUGGUUUUUGAAAAGACUUACACAAAUGCUGUUGACCCCACUGCAGUGGCUGAGCGCCUAAAAGCUGACACAACAACUUUUCGGCUGAUUCAGUCGGCAUCUCCAGAGAGUAAGAGCCUUGCUACGAUGACGCAAAACAGCAGAGACUUCCUGAACCCUGGUCCCAGUCUGAGCGCUGCUGAAGACUCCUUGCAGAGAGAUGCAUUGAUGAUGGAGAGAUCCUCGAGAUUCCAUGGUACAUUUCCCACGGUGGAGUUUUCAGUGACAUCGUUCAUCGAGGAGUGUGAUUGGAUAGACGCCUCACCUGUCAAAGACUCAAUGUGUGACAGCAAGACGAACUCUGUCCAGCAGAGAGAGAUGACCAGCCACGUUCCGGUGAGGCCGUCGUCGACUUCGCCAAGGAAGUCUUCACACUACCCAGGAUGGUCCAAACACAGACGCUCUCCCUCCCCGCCCCCGUGCCGCCAUAUAUCUUGCAAGACAAAUAGAAGGCCACAAAAACACAGAGUUUGUCUAGAACCGGGCUACCAGCAGCCCACUGUUGCUUCCACGACUCGCGCGCUGUCGCCUUACACACACCGAAAAAUGUGUCAGCUCUCCCUGGAUGCUGAGCAGCGGCUUAAACACCUCCAGCUUGGACCGCACUACUUCAGGAAAGAAACCGAGAGCCUCCCUCCAUUCUUGGUUUCGACUUGUAGUAGUCUGACGGAUGCUCCUUUGCCACAGAGUUACAUGCACUGCUGCCACACGGUCAGCCUCUUAGAUGAUGACUCCGACUCUCUCCUUGACAGUUACAGACCCAGAGCAUCCAUAAUGCGGUCAGAUCGUGCGUGGUCGUCUCCCGGGCCGUUAUUCCGACGCGAUGAGUUGAACCAAAGUCCUCUUCAAGACUCCUCCGCCUCUCCUAUGUCAAAGAGGAGGGGCCCUGUGACUUUCAAGCACCCCCUCACGGAAAGGCUGCAGCAAAGUGAACCCAGUCCAUCCUACUGGGAGCAGAUCCACAGCAGAGUCCAGAAGAUUCUGCUAACACACAGAGUCCCCUUGGACUUGGACUGACCUCCUGAGCUGAGGAUAAACUGAAAAUCCAUCACUUCAGCGUUUAAAGCACACACUAACAAACGUCGUUGUGGUGAGUUUCACACACUUGCUACUUAAAUAUGUUUGAUACGAAUUCGCAUGAACACCUGCUGGGUGGGCUUUUUUGUCGUCACCUCCACCUGAAAAAGAAUGCUGCAAGGUGACGUUCAAAGGCAAGCAAAGACCUUUGUGGGGAAAAAUGCAAGAUGUUAAAGAGCUCAUGAGCACACAAGAUAGACAAAAGGCCAUACUGGAACAGUACAAAUUUAAUAAAUUUGGUGAAAUCAA